GGCAUGCAACGUGUUGGCUAUGAUGCCGAUACUCAAACAUAUAGUUACCGAGACCGUAACGGUAGUUACUGGGAAGGAGCUCCGGGUUCGAGAUAUGGAAUACUUGACCGAACAAUUAAGGAGCAAGCCGUACGAAAGGGUAAAAGCGCGGACUGGCGGUAUAUACUCCCGUUCUUCUUGCUCGUUUCGGUGGUCCUCUUGGCUCUAUUCCGCUUCCUUGGUUCUGCCGCCACGCCAACGCCACUUGUGUGUCCACGAAAUUCCAUUCAAUACCUGGUUAAAUCUGGAGACUCGUGUUGGGCUAUUGCAAAUGACCACAGUGCGACGGUAGCUGAUCUGCUGAUGCUUAACCAUGGCUUAGACUGUCGCUUGCUCAAAGCUGGCAGCGAACUUUGCGUACCAGUCAGCGAGUAG